GUCUGACCUGGAGAGCUGGGGCCUGGAUUCCUGGGUCUGAGGGAGAAGGGGGCUGGACGCCGUAAAUCCUGACUUUGAGGAAGGAGGGGAUGGGGGCGGAGCCGGACUCCUGGGUCUGAGGGCGGAGGGGGCCGGGGCCAAGCUGCCAGGCUUGGGGCCUUCCUGGCAACGCCCCCGCCAAGGGCCGGGAUUCGUGGACCAGCCCCUAUUUAAUGGUUCUGCUCCACGGCCUCACCCGACUUUGGAGGUGGGAAGAAGCACAGAAGAGCGACAGGAAAGACAGACAGAAGCAGAAUGGCAACGGAAACGCGUUAUGCCGGGAAGGUGGUGGUUGUGACAGGGGGCGGGCGCGGCAUCGGAGCCGGGAUCGUGAGAGCCUUCGUGCAAAGCGGAGCCCAAGUAGUUAUCUGUGACAAAGAUGAGUCAGGGGGCCGGGCCCUGGAGCAGGAGCUUGCUGGAACUGUCUUUCUCCUCUGUGAUGUGACUCGGGAGGAAGAUGUGAGGACCCUCAUUUCUGAGACCGUCCGCCGUUUUGGCCGCUUGGAUUGUGUGGUCAACAACGCUGGCUACCACCCACCUCCGCAGUGGCCCGAGGAGACCUCUGCCCAGGGCUUCAGGCAGCUGCUGGAGCUGAACCUGCUGGGGACAUACACCUUGACCAAGCUUGCCCUACCCCACCUGCGGAAGAGCCGGGGGAAUGUUAUCAACAUCUCCAGUCUGGUGGGGGCCAUUGGCCAGGUCCAGGCGGUUCCUUAUGUGGCCACGAAGGGGGCAGUAACAGCCAUGACCAAAGCCUUGGCCCUGGAUGAGAGUCAAUAUGGCGUCCGGGUCAACUGCAUUUCUCCAGGAAACAUCUGGACCCCACUGUGGGAGGAGUUGGCAGCCUCCACGCCUGACCCUGCCGCCACAAUCCGAGAGGGCACCUUGGCCCAGCCCCUGGGCCGCAUGGGCCAGCCAGCCGACGUGGCGGCCGCUGCCGUGUUCCUGGCCUCGGAAGCCAAUUUCUGCACCGGGAUUGAGCUGUUUGUGACUGGGGGUGCAGAGCUGGGGUAUGGGCGCAAGGCCAUUCCGGGCACCCCCGUGGAGCCCCCCACCAUCCCUUCCUGAUUUCCUAAAUUUCCACGCGGGCCUUCCUGAUUAGGACUCCCACCCCAAACUCAGUAUCCCAGAUUUCAGCUUCUACCAUCUACAGACCCCAACUCUAGACAUUAACUCCACUUACCAAUGUGCCAAACCACCCCGCGAGUUCCCAUAAAACCAGUUUGCAGCCAGGA